CGGUCGAAUGUGUACGGCUGUCGUUUGACUGUAACGUGACAUUAUAUAGUUAAACAACCUCGACCAAAGUGUGCUUAGUGUAUAUUUAUAUCCGUACGUCUAUGUCAAACGCGCAUACGUUAUUCUAAACACGGACAAUCCGAGGAUCAGUGGAUCGGGCCCCAAGUGAUGCGCAAGCAAUCAAUAAAACACUCGUUGAGUGCAAUUUAAAAGCCAAACAAUCGAACAAGAGACCCGUAUGUGUGUAUACGUAUAUGUAUCAUGUACGGGUAAAAAUAAUAUCAAGUAUACCUAUUAUCUUAUGUGAGCUGGUCGUGCGAAUCCGAGGAUUGAGAGUACCACAGAGGAGGUGCGCGGGUGCGGUCGGUGAGUGUAUAAGUAACUCCCAGCCGUCGGGCCGCGCGUUACAUCUCCGACGACGACGGUGCGUUUGUCCAGAGAAUCCGGGGCGAGUAGUUAUCGCAGGUGUGUACAACCAUAGCCGAGAUGCCGACCAAGGGUGAACGCGGCAAGUCGACGGACUUUAGUAUCGCGGCCAUAAUGGCGCCCAGGGGCCCGUCCUUCGGACACCACCAUCACCACCAUCACCAUUACCACCUGCAGGGCUUGGCAGCUACCGCCGCCGGCAAUGCUGCCACAGCAGCGGCCACCGCGGCCAACACCAUCGACCUGGAAUGCGCCGAUGUUGGCAAGGCGCCCUACACUCUAUCGGACAGCAGCAGUAGCCCCACUGGCCUGGACCACCGGUUGGGCUCGUCGCCGGUGAACAUCGUGGCGACGGCGACGGUGGUGACGGACGAGGCGCUCCUCGACGAGGACGAGCUGGACGAGUCGAGCGGCAACGGCAUAGACGUCGAGAGCGUGGCGACCGACAAGUCGACCAACGACCCCGAGGACGACGAGGAGGUCGACGUCGAGGAGUGCAGCAGCGUGGACGAGGGCCCCAUAUCCGUCAUACCCACGGAGAAUCUGUUGAAACGGCGCAAGUCCUGCCGGGAGGAGGAGGAGGAGGAGACCGGCCAUCACCAGCAGCCGGCCGCGAAAAAACGGCGCAGACACCAGACGGCGCCCACGUGCAACUCGGAGGAGCUGCGCGAGGUGGAGUGCCACUUGGAGACCAAGGAGCUCUGGGACAAGUUCAACGACCUUGGCACGGAGAUGAUCAUCACCAAGACCGGCAGGCGGAUGUUCCCGACGUGUCGGGUGUCGUUCAGCGGCCUAAAGAACGACAGCCAGUACGCGGUGCUGAUGGACAUUGUGCCGGUGGACAACAAGCGCUACCGGUACGCCUACCACAAGAGCUCGUGGCUCGUGGCCGGCAAGGCCGAUCCACCGGCCCCGGCGAGGCUCUACGUGCACCCCGACUCGCCCUUCAAGGGCGAACAGCUCAGGAAGCAAGUCGUCUCCUUCGAGAAGGUCAAGCUCACCAACAACGAGAUGGACAAGCAGGGACAGAUUAUACUUAAUUCGAUGCAUCGUUACCAGCCGAGGAUACACUUGGUUAGGUGCAGAAACAACGGAAACGCCCCGAUUACCGAUCUCGAGAAGGAGGAGCACAAGACCUUCAUAUUUCCCGAGGCCAUUUUCACCGCCGUCACCGCUUACCAAAACCAGCUGAUAACGAAGUUGAAAAUCGACAGCAACCCGUUCGCCAAAGGUUUUCGGGACUCCUCGCGGCUAACGGACUUUGACCGAGAUCCCAUGGAGCUGAUGGAGCAGCAGCUCGUGAGGUGCGGCGUGCCACCGAUCCGGCUGUACGAGCACUUGGCGAUGACCUCGCCCACCGCCGCCCUCCAGCAGCACCACCACCACCACCACCACCACCAGCAGCAGCAACAACAGUCGCCACCACCGAGUUCGCAGUCUUGGCUGGCCCCCUCCGCGGCCCUCCUCUACGCCGCAGCGGCAGCUCGGGGAGCCGCGCCCCCACUGCCGCCACCCCCGCCAGCUCCCGGCGGCUACCCCUACCCCGACUCGGCGGCCGGGUGGCCCUGGCGACCGGCCCCGGUAGCUCUCAUGGCACCCAGGCGCGCCUCCCCCCCGACCGCCGCUACGGCCGGGCUGAGGUUCGCCCCCUACCACCCCCCCACCUCCAGCGGCUCGACGACGCCGCCCGCGACGACGCAACAGCAGCUCAUCGGCCGAGCCCAGCAGCCCAGGUCGACCAGCCCCAAUUAGCGCUCGGCCGGGCGGACGGGCGCGUCUGCCGCUACUCCUGCCAAUGCCGACUCAAGCGCCGACGACGACGACUGCUCGCGGCUCGAUUGCGAGGAGUAGACGGAGAGGGGCUCUUGCGAUUCGUCCCCUCCCCCUCCCCCCUCUCUCACUGAACAAAUCGAUCGACGAAACGCGCGCAAGUUUCGUAUUGUCCCACGCGUGUAGACCCCUCGCGGGUGCGCUGUACUUUGAACCGAUCGGGCAACUUUCACCGUCGCUGGAGCAAAUUUUACCUC